UCAUGGGUCCACUCCGCCAUACUAUGCUUUUCAGCAAUUCCAUUAUUGUACUCAUAAGUGAAUAUUCAACCUUCAACCUUCAACCCCUCAACUCAUAAACCGCAGCACUUUCUCUCAUUUCUCCUUGACCCGCAAGGUUGAACCUGCAAAAUGUCGAGAACACCAUUAUUCCUGAACUUCGGUGGGGAUUCAAAACGAAACCGUCAAAUGUCUUGGUUAUUGGCAAGUUCAUCCAGAAGGAAAGAGCGAAGGUAAACCUAGCAUUUUCAACCAAAUCGAUAUGAGCUGAUGAUGAAACAAGGUGGCCUUUGGUUUUGAGAUUCUGGAAGGGUUCCAUCCACUCCGGUACGACGUUACACAUGCAUCAAAGUCUGGAGACGAAACUAACCAAUUAUCUAUGCAGAGGUCCUCUGGCCGGUUGCCAUUCUCUCUGCUAUAUCUGCUAUUGUUGUAUAUUUGAACCAGCACAUCAGCAGUGAUGUUACACUUCCAACCAGUAUCGUAAGUGCUCUCCUCCAUCUGCGACUAGAAAGCGGAAUCUAACUAAACCAAGGUCCCUUCACUAUCCAUUGUCGUGGGUCUAGAACUCGUUUUCCGCAAUCAAACGGCAUAUAAUCGUUUUUGGACCGGCAGAUGCCAUUUCAGCACCCUCACGACUUCAAUUAGAUGUCUCACACGACAUCUACUUGUACUUGUGCCCGCACCCGCUCCGCCCGAUUAUCAAUACGAUUCAUCAACACAGGAAGGCAGUACGAAUAGUUCAGCAUAUAAGGAUUAUGAUGGUGCGGCGGACGUAAACCAUCAGCCAAUAUCCAAAGCCCUGGCAGCAAAGACGAUUGAAACAGUAAAGAUUAUGAUUGCGAUGCUCUAUACUGUGAAGAACCAUCUGCGAGCAGAUUGGGGCGUGGAACUCAGUGCUGGGACCAUGUUAACGGAAGACGGUGAGUUUUUCUGGCCAGAGGAAUACAAGGAGCUGUUACCGCAAGGUUUUAAAGGCCAUGAACAUAUGGGAUUGGGCUUGACGUUACAGUUGGCUACGUAUGUCGAGAAAUUCAUCAACAUUGGUUGUAAUCUGUAAGUCACAACCAUAAAAAUUCUCAAUUUCAAUAUCUAACGAACAUUUUGCACUCAGGAAUUGGUUUAACAAUUCUUCUUCAUCAAAUAUGCUUCAAGAAUUGAAUCAGUUCAUCUCCGCCUAUGGGAGCAUGGAGGUGAUUCGACUCGCACCUACGCCCGUUGCACAUCUCAUCCACUCCAAACAAACACUCGCCCUCUUCUGUUGCAUUUUACCGUUUGCGAUGGCGGCUGAGAUUGGCUGGUGGACACUUCCCCUCGUCGCAUUUGUAGCCUUUGCUCUUUACGGUAUCGAAGGAAUUGCUCAGUGGCACGAGGAUCCAUUUGGAAGGGACAAGAUCGAUAUAAAUAUGGAUGACAUCGUGGAUGACGCUAGAAGGGAAAUUGAAGUAAUGUUGGAAGCUUGGAAAACUCAAGGGCUAAAUGGAAAAGGGCUUUUCACACCGAACUUGAGUGCACCAUUUACGCCAAGAGCGGAAUAUGGUACUCUAAGCUGAAAUAAGUAAAAGAGACAUUUGAGGUUUGAACAUAAAGGGAGGAUAUGAAAUUGAGUUUUACAUCCUUGUUUGCUUCACCAGCGGGUGCAUGGAUUUAUGAACCAUUCCGAAAUUUUUGAGAUCCCAUGAUUACUUCAAUCUACAGAUGAUCCUAUUCCAAUUGAAUAAUUCAUUGUUUGAUAUAAAUUGGAUGUUGUGGCCAGGCCUUAAAGUGUGCAACAGGUAUUGGCGGAAAAUCAAUCUAUUCAAUGUAGAUUUUAUCCUUCGAGCCCGUUCACCCGCUGGUGGUUACUCGCUGCGGGCGUUUGCAGGAUGGCAGAUUCUCUAUUUUGUACCAUCUGGUUUCUGGUACAGCAAGAAUGUUUGAUGGUUUUCGAGGUUUUGGUUGUUAUCUUGGAGUUUGUUUCAUUUGAGGGAUCUUUUUAAGGCACGCACCAUCUCCUUCCCAAAUUUGUCAUCUAGAAAGCCCACAGAGUUUAGAAGGUUCGAGGAAUAUUACGAAUAAAGUCCAGCUA